AAUAAUCUUAAACGACAUGGUUGAAGAAGUCACAAAGAAGUUUGCUGUAGGUGAUAUGCCACCUUCUCCAACGACUAGUAAUCCUAUUACAAAUACUAUAGCAAAUACCCACAAGAAACCUGUUAGACACCAUGUCAAACGACGAUCCAGUGGCCGGGUUCAUGUUACCAAACUUGCCCCUAUGGCACGAGCUCAUGCACAACAUACUGCAGAAGAAGACGAUGCUGACUUUGCAGAUGAAGAACAACAAGUGACCCCUGUACGCAAACCUAUGAAACGGUCUCACUCUAGUAAAUCCAUUCAUCGACUUUCUUCAAACGAUGCUCAUCGAAAAGUCAACUUAUCCGGAUUCACCAUGACUACCAAAACCACUACCACUUCAAAUAAUAAUAAUAAUAAUAAUCAUGACUCACCACCAGCAACACCCACUGAUAACCAAACGACAAUAUCAACAAAAUCAAAAUCAACCACCACUGUUUCAUCUGCCACACCAGUUCCUUCUGAUACUGAUCAUCAACAAAAACUUAAAACAAAACCUCUCACUAGUCCGAGUUUUCAAGUGUCUCAUCAAUCCACUGCCGCUCCGAUAGCUCAUAUCUUGAAUGCCACAGCCAAUACCUUGGUGACCCCUGAUAAGCCAGCCCUUGCCAAUUUGACCACAUCAUCAUCAUCAACUACAACUCCACCCCCUAUCGUCAAGUCAAAACAUCUUUCAUCCAAGUUUAUUGACCAAGAAACAAAUGAAAGAUAUCAUCAUCAUCAUCAACAACAACAGCAACAGCAACAACAACAACAACAACAACGAUUACAGCAACAACAUCAACAGCAACAACGAUUACAGCAACAUCUUCAACAACAACAGCAGCAGCAGCAACAACAACAACAACAACAACAACAACAACAACGACAAUACGAUCAACAGCAACGACAACAACAGGUUACAGAAAACAAUUCUUUAUCCGAUGAUAUUGUGCGUGCUAGUUUAGUUCUUGCAACGGAAAGUGUGGACAAGGAAUACCAAAGCAUCUAUCUAUACCAAGAUCCCAUGGUGGCCAGUUUGACAAGAUGCCUUCAACAGCGACAAAGGAAACCAACAUCUACCCAGCUUCAUUUACAUCGCUUAGCUCAAAUGGGAACUCAACGAACGUUUUCUUCAUCCAUCUUACCGACCAUGGCCACACUGUCUUCUCCAGCAGCCACUGAACAACAUACAGAACAUCGUCAAAUGGCGCGACAACGGCAUCAACGGUUACAAGCAGCUCAUAUGUCCUCUGUUCAUCCUUCCUCAUCCUAUAGCUCUGAUAACAAGCAAGCAGCAAGUCGUUGGAGUGCUGGUGCGUUUUUAGAUAGAAUGUUUUAUGGCACUUCCUAGAUGAUUUUAUCUUUAUAUUCUUUUUCUUUUUUUUUUU